UUCUGCUGAAGUUCUAGAAGCCCCGGUCCAGAUCAAUUAGAACUCAAAUUGAUCUGGAAUCAUGACCAGGUUCUGCUCGGACCAGGAGAGUCCAUCGGUUCUGGUGAACCCGACCCGGCCUGGUUCUAUUGGGUCAGAACUCUAGCUUUAAGGCCUGUGGGUUCUGGUGUUACUGGGACCAUUAAUGAGGUUCUGGAUGUUUUUAUUCUGGUGCCAGAAGCUGGUUCUGAUCGACCCGUUCAGCCGGUAACAUACUGACUGCUCAGCUCUUCUCCAUCGGACUCGAUCUGGACCAGAACCAGCCGGUUCUGAUGCUCCCAGUCAUGAUGCUGCCACCGCCGUUCUUCACACUGAGGAGACUCCAGCUGUCCGGACCAGAACAGAACCCUGGUUCUGGAUCCGGUCAAUCAGUAAAAACUGAUGCCUGAGGCAGAGAGUGGUUCUGACCGGACCGGUUCUGAAGCAUCACGGGUCAGCAGCAGAACCAUGAGGAAGAGCAGCUCCUCCCAGAUUGUUAAAGUGAAACCAGAACUUUGGAUCUGGUUCUGAUCCGUUUACACGUCCAGGUUCUGUUCAGGUGGAGCUCAGACAAAAGAUCGGAUCAGAACCUUGUUCUCUAGAACUAUGGAGAAUGAUGUGAACUCCAGAAACAGGAAGAGGAAGUCUGGAACAGGAAGGGAACUGUGGCAAACAGGAAACAGGAAGUAAAAAACUCUACAGUUUCUCCAUAGAACGUAAAUCCUCCAGGCCACCAGGGGGCGUCUGCAGCCGAUCUGUGCCGACCCUAGACGCCUGCGCUGACCUUUGACCCCUGAUCUGCCUUUCAAAGUGUCAGAUUUGGGAAAUAAAACCAUUCCUUGAAUCCUCACUGGAAGCCUGAGCUGCUGGAGCUGAAGUAAAUCUCCUGGAUUGUUUUUAUUUUAAUGGUAAAACGACAGGAGAAAACUUUGAUAAAAGCUGAUUUUUGGGGGUUUGUCCGGGAGUUUUCCUCGCCUGCGUCCUCCGGUCCGGAGGAGAUGGAUCCCUGGACCAGAGAACCAGGAAGUUGAUCCGGGCCGGGCCGCAACAGAGGGAGGAGCAUGUCCUGGAAGAGGAGCUACUUUGCAUCAGGAGGCGGCGGAGGCACACAGGGAGUGGUGGCGACGCACACCAUGGCGUCCAUCGCUCCCAGUAAGGGGCUGAGCAACGAGCCAGGUCAGAACAGCUGCUUCCUGAACAGCGCCCUGCAGGUUCUGUGGCACCUGGAUAUCUUCCGUCGGAGUUUCCGUCAGCUCUCCUCCCAUAAGUGUCUGGAGGAUUCCUGCAUCUUCUGCGCCCUGAAGAACAUCUUUGCCCAGUUCCAGUUCAGCAGUGAGAAGGUUCUGCCGUCCGACGCGCUGCGCAGCGCGCUGGCCAAGAGCUUCCAGGACCAGCAGCGCUUCCAGCUGGGCGUCAUGGACGACGCCGCCGAGUGCUUCGAGAACAUCCUGAUGAGGAUCCACUUCCACAUCUCAGACGAGACCAAGGAGGACGUCUGCACCGCCAGACACUGCAUCCCGCACCAGAAGUUCGCCAUGACGCUGUUCGAGCAGUGUGUGUGCAGCAGCUGCGGAGCGUCGUCCGACCCGCUGCCCUUCAUCCAGAUGGUCCACUACAUCUCCACCACCUCGCUGUGCAACCAGGCGGUGAAGAUGCUGGAGUCCAGAGAGAAUCCGACGCCCAGCAUGUUCGGAGAGCUGCUGCGCAACGCCAGCAUGGGCGACCUGCGCACCUGCCCAAGCCGGUGCGGCCAGCAGCUCCGGAUCGCCCGGGUUCUGCUCAACAGCCCAGAGAUCGUCAGCAUCGGCCUGGUGUGGGACUCGGAGCACUCGGACCUGGCCGAGGACGUCAUCCACUCUCUGGGAACCCGCCUGCGACUCGGAGAUCUGUUCUACAGGGUGACGGAGGAGAAGGCCCGGCAGGCCGAGCUCUACCUGGUGGGCGUGGUCUGCUACUACGGCAAGCACUACUCCACCUUCUUCUUCCAGACCAAGAUCAGGAGAUGGAUGUACUUCGAUGACGCUCAUGUGAAGGAGAUCGGGCCCCGGUGGAAGGACGUGGUGUCGCGCUGCAUUAAGGGCCGCUACCAGCCGCUGCUGCUGCUGUACGCCGACCCGCGCGGGACGCCGGUGACCCUGCAGGACCUGCCGCCGCACCUCGACCUGCAGCGCCUCCACAGGGCCGGCUACGACAGCGAGGACUCUGGCCGUGAGCCGUCCAUCUCCAGCGACACUCGAACCGACUCGUCCACAGAGAGCUACUGUGGCCGCCAGUCCUCCCAGUCCUCCCAGUCCUCCCAGUCCCACCAUGAGGCCGUGGCGAGUCGCUGCUCCUCCGAUUCCCAGGGAACGCUCGUCUGCAUGGAGCGACCCGACAGAACCGACAGAACGCUGCAUGCCUCCCUCUGCAGCCUGGACGCCAUAGGCCGCGCGGCGGACGCCGAGCAGCCUCUGAGGAAAGGAGGCGGGGCCGCAGAAAGGAGGCGGAGCUCCAACUGGUCGCGGCGAAUCAAACCAGAACUCGAUCCGCCAUCGGCAGGUUACCACAGCGAUGGAGAAACCUUAAAGGAGAAGCAGGCUCCUCGGCACCUCCCCAAACCUUCAUCCUCCUCCUCAUCCUCAGCCGGUCGCCUCAGAGACUUUAAGGAGACGAUGACCAACAUGAUCCGCCCGCCGUCCUCCUCGUCCUCCUCCUCUCUGCCGGCCGCAGUCCUCUCCUCCGAGCUCCUCCCUGCUGCAGACGCAGCUCUGAGCUCCUCCUCCUCUCCAGUCCAGGACUGGGAGGCCGACAGCACCAGCAGCGAGUCCAAAGCCAGCUCCUCUGGAGGAGUGGGGAGGUGCCGGCCGGCGUGGAGGCCGCGGAAGGAGACGCUCAACAUCGACGCCAUCUUCAUGCGCGAGCGGCGGAGGCAGGCGGGAUACAGCCCCCUGGGAGGAGGAGCCUGUGAGCCCGACGGGGCCCACACCACCUCCUUGGGCCAGGAGGAGGCGCCGUCCAUCAGAGCGGCCUUCUCCCGGACUCUCCCCAGCUCCUUCACAGGACGGCAGCUCCCUGCUCCUCCUGCUCCUCCCAGGCUGAUCCAGAGGAUGGAGAGCGGCUACGAGAGCAGCGACAGGAACAGCGGCAGCCCCGUCAGCCUGGACCUCAGCCUGGGAGACAGGGACAGUGGUGAGAAGAAGCCUUCCUCCUCCUCCUCAUCCUCAGGACCCUCAUGGAGGAACAUCAGGUCAAAGAGCAGCGGCGCUCUGCUGCAGGACCUCCACUCCUCCAGCAGGGGGAGCCUCGCGCCCCCCGCAGGCCGCAGCGAGCUGGACGAGCUGCAGGAGGAGGUGCUGAGGAGAGCCAGGGAGGAGGAGCAGCAGCGGCGGCAGGAGAAGGAGAGGGAGGAGGCGCUGGGCUUCAACCCCAGACCCAGCAAGUACCUGGACCUGGACCAGCUGCAGAUCCAAGGUAAAGGCGACAGCUUUGACAGGUGUGUGAUGGAGGCGGAGCUCCUGCUGGACCAGUCGUUGCGCUUGGAGCAGGCGGGCGACGUUGCAGCGGCGCUGUCUGCGGUCAAUGAAGCCGUCUCCAAGCUGCGGCCGGCGGCGGCUCAGGGCGGAGCCGGUAGCCACAGCCGGCUGCAGCGCUGCAUGAGGAGAUGCCGCAGCCUGCAGCAGCGCAUGCAGCAGCUGCUGCUGCAGCAGUCAGAGGCAGUAAAACAGGAAGCAGAGCAGCAGGAGGAGCAGCAGACGCUGGAACAGCCCAGAUCAAAGCCUCUCCAGCUCCCAGUUCUUCUGACAGAGAAGCAGGGCGACCAAUCAGCUGCCGGACAAGACCACCAGGCUCCUCCCCCUUUCACCUGCCUUGUUAAGCCCCUCCCUCCUGCAUCAAGUUUGCCCUCUGACCCCGCCUCCAGCAGGAGCCCCUGCUCUGGCUUUGGGAAACCCCUCGGUAGCGCCAGGUCCCUCCCUGCUCUCGCUGUGGAAACCAACCUGCCCCCUCCACCGGAAGAGGCGUGGCCUGAGCCGUCACAAGCCCCGCCCCCUCAGUGGCCAUGUUCCCAAACUCCAUCCCCUGCUGGAGGUAACAACAGGCAUCAUGAGGUGAUGGAGGAUCACUGCAGAAACAAACAGGCCACGCCCACAAACCUAGCCCCGCCCCCUUCCUCCUGCCCAACCAGGAAGUGGUCUUGUUUAACCCCGGAUCAGCUGGAUGUUAUGGAUUCUCCCUCAUGCUCCGCCCCCACCGCCCCACCUGUGGGCCGGCCAAUCAGGAGCUGCUCCCCACCAGCCAAUCAGGUUCUCAGAGCCGCCCUGCCUGUUCAACGCUGGGCCGAAAACGUCAACAGAUACUACAACUCCCAGCAUGCAGCAGCAGAGGGGGAGGAGUUAUCGGAGCUGGAGACGCUGUACCAGGCCAGCCUGCAGGCUCCCAGCAUGCCGCGGGGCAGCCGUGGCGUCAGCCCGCAGCCAGGGGGCAGCAGAGCAGCGGUGAGGAGAACGCCAUCCGGAUCCAGACGCUCCAAAACGCCGACGGCUGAAAUUGAGAGAAACGCCUACAGGAGACCGGUCUCACCUGGAGAGCAGCCCCCUGCAGGCGAAGACGAGAACUACAGCGCAGAGAACCUGCGACGCCUCGCUCGAAGUCUGAGCGGAACCGUCAUCGGGUCGAGACCGCAGAACCUCCAGCAGAACCUCCAGUGCAGCUGUGUACGUCACACACAGGACCCCUCUGUGUCCAGGCCCCCCCUCAGACACUCAGACCUUCACUGCUCCUCUUCCUCCUUGGACCUCCCCUCCUCCUUCCACCGACUCCACGGCCCUCCGGCUCCACGGCCCCCCCACACGCAGACGCCACGGCCCCCCCCCUCCUGGGGACGCUCAGGUUCUCCUUGGCACCAGGUUCUGGUUCUGUCUGACAGCGGCCCGACUCCCUCGGCUCUCCACAGCGUCGCCAUGAGUUACGCCACUCUUCCUCGCCGUGCCUGGCCCCCCUCCUCCUCCUCUUCCUCCCUCCCCAGGCCCAGACCCGGUUCUGUCGGUUCCGGUCCACAGAGUCUCUACGGCGCCCCGCCCGCCCCCCACCGCCAUCGUCAGGCGUCACUUCCUGUUGUUGCUCCACGGCGCCCCCGUGUGUCAGGAGACGUUCCUGCUCAGCCUCUGCGCCUCGACGUUCCCCCAGAGACGGACUGGCGGCGCCAUGUGGACCCGCGGGCCGCCCGGCGCCAGCAGCUUCCUGCCCGACCCGGCCGGCCUCUGUGGCCCGGUACCGUUUGGGCAGCAAACAGAGAGGGAGGCGUCAGCAGGUUCAUGGGGGUCAGAGGUCACGACCAGAACCAGAACCUGAGAGGAGACAGAAGAAGCUGAGCAGAUCCAGAACUUCCCUGAAGAACCAGAACAGAGCCGGAUCGGAACCAAAGCCAGCAGAACUCUUGGUCCAGAUGUGGACCCUGGUCUCCUCCAGAACCUCCUCCAGAACCUCCUCUGUUCUGCUGGACCCAUGUGGCUCCAGCUGAGCAGCAGGCGAAGAAAAGACUUCCUGUGUUCAGCUGAACAGAACCUGGAUGUGGUUCUGCAGGUUCUGGUUCUGUUGGACUGCAGAGCUCAUCGGGUUUCCUUUGGGAUCUUCAGACUGAAGCUUCCUGUUUCCUCGGCGUUCUGAUUGGUUCUGCUCUUCAGAUCUCCAUCCAACUCUGAUGUCACUUCCUCUGUUCAACAUCCAGUUUUCUUCGCCGUUUUCCAGCUCUUUAGGCGAUGGAGGAACUCAGACCGCUGACUCCACCCGGCUGGCGCUCCAGGUGGCAGAAACAAACCAACCAGCUUCAGAAACGUCUGGGUUAAAGUUCAGAAAGUUCUGCUUGUUUUUCUCCACCAAACAGACGAUUAAAAAGCUUCAAGGAAACGAUUCAAGUCUCAUCAUUCAGCCUCGUCACAAGUUCUGGUUCGGUUGACCCAGAAGGUUCUGGAUGAGUCCAGAAACCAGAACAACAAAAAUAGAAAAAUGUUGUGCAACUUUUCAGUUUCAGGUAGAAAAUCUGAAUGAAAGAAAAAAAUAAAGAUUUUCCACUUUUGA